AUGAAAAACUAUGAAACUUGCAAAAUAACUGAAGAUUAUGAAUCAGAAGAAACCGACCCAAUUGCUGUAUACUACAACAGGAGGGGACGCGUUCCAGUUGAGAACAGAGAGUUUUGGGACUUUUUUGUUAACAACUUCUAUAAAGACUUUCCGCAAUUUAGAAAUAAAGAGGCUCGUCUUGAUGGAACUGGAUACUCUGAAAAGAUAAACACCAGAACCUUUAUUGAUGAUAUACUCUUCCACAGCAAUUCACUGUCAAAAACCAAUUCUUUAGAUUUUUUUACAACUCAAAACGAUGAAAAUGCGAGUAUUAACGAUAACACAGCAACCACUUUUUCUGUACAAAAUGAUGAAUAUGAAUUCGAGAAAUUACAAUCAAAACCAUUUGCCUGCCCAAGCUAUGGAUGUAAGAAAGCAUAUACUAGUAAACAUGGACUUGACUACCAUCUUAAGAAAGGACACAAAUUUGAUGAUGAAGAUGCUAGUAAGCCAUUUAAGUGUAAUUUUAAUAAUUGUAAAUGUCGUUAUAAAACUAAGAAUGGUCUCAAAUAUCACCUGUCAAAACAGCACCAGCAAAAAGGAAAUAAAAUUUAA